AUGACUUUUACCAAGAUUUCGCCUUGGACUAAUUCUGGACUGGAGGCGAAUUCCGAGUCUUUUCCGGCUUUCAUCAAACUACAAAAUCUGGGCCUACCCCUGAUGUGCUCGGCUGCGAAAAUUACCGACGCCGACGUGUGUCGUCGCCUGCUGGACGAGGGCGCCGACCUGGACGCCACCGACUCAGGGAUCACGGCGCUGCACUACGCGGCAAUGAAUAAAAGGCACGGCGAGGCCCUGGUCGAGCUGUUCGUCUCCUGGGGCUUGAGAGUGAACCAAAAAGACGAUCUCGACGAAGAACCCAUUCAUUUCGCUCUCAGGGCCAAGAAUUUUCAGGUAGCAAAGCUGCUUCUUGAGUUGAAAUACACUGCAAAUGGCGAGCAGAAAAGGAAUAACCUCCUGCACUUCUGCAUCAAGGAACAUAAUCUCAGCGCUGCUAAACACGUCCUGGAGUUUGACAAGACGAUGCUUCAGGAGAGAGGAGAACACGGCAAAACCGCCUUCCACCUCGCUGCAGAAUUCUCGGACCUGCAAAUGUGCAAGUGGCUGGUGGGCCAGGGCGCCAGCCCAAAGGAGCUUGACGCCAAAAACAAGGCUUCAGCAAUGCACUUCGCGGCGUUCAACAUGGCUCACGGCGCCGACCUGACGCUCUACCUGAUCUCCUUCCGGCUGAACGUGAACCAAAGGGACAGGUUCGACGAGACGCCGCUGCACUACGCGCUCAAAACGGGCAACCUGGCCGCCGCCGAGCAGCUGCUGAUGUUCGGCGCCAGCCUCGACGUGCUCAGGUCCAACGAGAACCUGCUGCUCUACAGUGUCGUCGCCAACCGACUGCCCAGCGCCAGUUUCGUGUACCUAAAGAAGCCGCAUCUGCUGCACGGCACGGACGACACGGCGAGGAAUGCGCUCCAUUUCGCGGCAGAGUUUUCAGACCUCGAGACCUGCCGCUGGCUGCUUGACCAGGGCGUUGACCUUCACGCCGUGGAAAAUAAUGGUUUGUCAGUUCUGCACUUCACAGGCUACAACUUUCCAUUCGGCAGCGAACUGGUCGAGUUUUUGGUGUCCCGUGGGCUGGACGUGAACGGUCGAAAGUCGGAGGCGCACCGGACGCCUCUGCACUGCGCCCUCGAGUACGGCAACACGGGCGUCGCCGCCGAGCUGGUGCGUCUCGGCGCCAGGCUGGACGUGCGUUUCUCCGAGAUGGACUUGCUGCACUUCUGCGUCGACAAUGGUAACAUGGCCGGCGCCAGGUUCGUGCACCAGCACUGCCCUGAGCUCGUCAGGGCCGGCAAGGACGCGUUGCACUGCGCGGCGCGGAAGGCAAACCUCGACAUGUGUCGCUGGCUUAUAGAAAGCGGCGCCGAUCCGCACAUUUUGGCUGACAACGGCGCCUCUCUUUUGGAUUAUUUCGACCCUGGCGUCCUGCAGAACGAAUGCAAAAGCUACCUCAGCUCCUUGGGCGUUCGCAGAAGUUAA